AUGUCAGUAACUAUUUACUUUAUAACAAAUUGCAUUACAAAGAUAUUGGACAAACGAGUUUCGACGUCAAACUCUGCCGCGCAAUGUGGUUUGUUUUGCUACUCCGGUCUAAUGAACCCAUAUGGAAACAUUAUUGAGGGGAUUGGAAAUGAAUUACUUUUUGUCAUCAGUUGUAUGGGAACGAUUUUAUUUCUUAUUGCGGCUUGGAUCUCUACAAGGGUCAACUGGGAGUUGAUGCCUGUUAGAAUAACCUUGCUCCGCCAUCCUCACAGAAACCAUGAUACUGAAACAGAAACGACAAAUGCAUCAGGAACUGUACAACCUGACAACAUCGACUCAUCGGGUAAUAUUUUCUCAGAAACUUCGGGUUCUAGUUCCGAGGAUGAAAUCGAUUCCGAUACAUGCAUUCACAAACGUUCAUCUGUUCAGACUUCAAUCACUUCAAAUGAUCAAAGAAAUUCAUCUUCAUCCGAUGAGGAAUCGAAAACGAGUAGAACAAAAGAAAAAGGACAAAUUAAUUCUACAUCUUGUUUUAAUGGACAUUUAGUCAUAAAAUUGCAAUAUCUUAAUGAAGAAUCACGUUUUGUACAUGCAUCUCCCACUAUGUCUGUUAAUCGUUUUAAGAAGAAACACUUUGUAGAUGAAUUAAUCAAUCAGAAAAAGAACGUCAGGCUUAUCUUUCAAGGCCGAGAGUUACUGGAUGUUUUACAAAAUGAAGCAAAUUUUCAUAGUAGUGGAAGACCAAAACGUCAAAGAUUAUGUGACUAUGGUAUAACUGAUGGCUCAACAAUUCACUGUCUUGUUACAACUCCUGUUGUAUCAUCACCUACCAGGUCAUCCUCGGUAAACGAUUCCGGAAACACAGGACGUAAUUUCGCUUUCCCAAGUUCUUCCAGCGAUUCAAUGUUAACUGAGUUUGAUAUAGGUACUAGGCUUAUGAAACCACUUUUCGCUUUCCUCCUACUUUUCACUUGGUUUUUUAGGAUUGUCUAUAGACAAUAUUUUAAUUCAUUGUCUACGUUUGCUUUAGUAACAUUAACAGUGUUCUUUUGUGGAGCCGUAUUUACUGCUACUCUUGUGAAUGCUGUCUCGACAAUAGCUUCAUUAUUUGGUUUUCCAAGCAGUAAUGAACUGUCAAAUCAACAAUCAGAAAAUCCAACCAACCAACCUAACUCACCCGAUGUACAAGUUUUAACUGUAACUAUGGUUGCACGUCGUAUUCCACCUCAAACACCUGUAAACCAAACAAACAGUACUUCAUUUUUUCUGGGGGAAUCAGCCCAUAGUCAUCAAAUUAUUGUUGAUGAGCCCAAUAAUGAUUCUCAAGCAAGAACAGACUAACUGCUGAGAUAUCUUUACCUGUAUUUAUUUUAUUUUAUCAUUGUAUUCUUUGGUUCACUUUAGAUGUUUGUUAUAAGUUACUAAAUGUGUAUUUCUCUCCUGCUUUUUAAGCAGAAGUUGCCAUUCUUGUACAUAUGAUUCAGUUUGUCCUGAUUUCCUACUUAAUUAGAUGCAUUCAAUCAAUA